AAGGAAGAUUGGCGGUAUGGUUUUGUCAUCCAUGAUUGUUUUACUUUUUUCUUUUCAAUUUUCUUCUGAAGAUUUCCAUAGCUUUCGUUUUAUAUUUAGCAGAUGUUUUUCGAUGAAUACCAGAAAUGAAAAUUGUGAUUUGUUUUAAUCGCGUUUAAAGUCGUUAUUUCGAAAGCACCAGAGUUAUUUCUGUGAAGGUGUGCUUAUUAAUUGCUGAGCUCGAGAAUUUUAAAAAGAAUAAUGGAGGAUAAUUGGGACUCAAACGACGGUACUACCUGGGAACCGAAACAGAAAGAGCAGAAAACAAUAUAUUCUCAGUCAUUUUCGCGUGGCGGAGGUUCCGGUGGUGGUCGUGGCGGUCAGCGGAAUUUUAGAGACCGUAAUGACCGUCCUAAUCGGCGCGACGAUCAGGAUGGCGGCUUUGGGGCUCAAAGCGACAACGGAGGUCGCCCCAGCUACGGUAGAAGUAACUACGAUCGCGGUGGCGGAAACCGAAACCGGUAUCAGCGUGAUGAGCACGAUCAUCGCGAUAAUUCGGAGCAAGAUUCCGGCUCCACGAAAGUGAUCCACGUGAAUACCUCGUGUGUGGGUAAAAUUAUCGGUAAAGGUGGUUCCAACAUAAGGAAUUUAUCUCAAGAGACUGGAGCUAGAAUCAACGUGAAUCGUGAAAAUCGUGGCGAAACCACCGAAGUAACGUUGUCUGGUUCCGAAGAACAGAUCGCUCUGGCCGAGCAGAAAAUCAACGAAAUCGCUAACGACACUUCGUCUUCGUUUUCUAGACCGUUUGAACGAAGAGAUAAUAACUCCUCGACGUUUGAACGUAGAGAUAAUAACUCGUCGUUCGAACGCAACGAUAAUUUCAAUAAUUCAAGAUCGUACGACAACUCGCGAUCUUUCGAACGUCAAGAUUACAAUCGUUCGGAUAAUUUUAAACAAUCCGGUGGUCGAAACGAUAGAUACAACUCGAACUAUUCGCAAGACAGAAGCGGUCCUCCUCCAAGAUUUUCUGACCGACCUUCUUACUCGGAUUCUACACAGAACAGUUACCGAAGUCAGCCUCAACAAAGUCAGGAACCCGAAACGGACCCCAACUUUAAACCAAUCGAUUGGAGCGCAGUUUACGAUGAAUCGGAUAAGAAAGCUGCUGCUUAUUUGGCUGCCCUACCACCAAUUGUUAAGGAUUUUUAUGUCGAAGACCCUGAGGUUGCGAAUAUGUCUCCGUUAGAAGUUUCCGAAUUCAGAUUGAAAAACAUGAAUAUAUCGGUAUCUCGCGAGUUCGCCGAAAAAGACGAAGAAAUAAUACCGAUUCCAAAUCCAGUCAAAACUUUCGAGCAAGCUUUCAGCCCAUUUCCUGAAAUUUUGAAAACUAUUUACGACCAAGAGUUCACCGUACCAUCUCCAAUUCAGUCCCAAGCUUGGCCCAUCAUUUUAAGCGGUCAAGAUAUGAUCGGCAUUGCCCAGACGGGAACUGGCAAAACGCUAGCUUUUCUAUUGCCUGCUUUAAUUCAUAUAGAAGGUCAACCGACACCUCGUGCUCAACGUAAUGGGCCUACUGUGGUUUGUUUGAGUCCGACUCGCGAGUUAGCUUUGCAAAUCGAGAAAGAAAUUAAUAAAUAUAGUUAUCGUGACAUUAAAUGCGUUUGUGUUUACGGCGGUGGUGACCGUAAAAAACAGAUCAAAUGGUUGAAAGAAGACAGACCGGAAAUAAUCGUUGCGACUCCAGGACGACUCGAUGAUCUAUUGCAAUCUGACAUUAUUAAAUUCGAUUCCGUCUCGUACGUGGUUUUGGACGAAGCUGACAAAAUGUUGGAGAUGGGCUUCGAAUGUCAGAUCAGAAAGAUCCUCAUUGGUAUAAGAUCUGACCGACAAUCUAUUAUGACUAGUGCCACGUGGCCUGCGGACGUGAGACGAUUAGCUUCUCAAUACAGUGUGAAUCCUAUCCAAGUGGUAGUCGGCUCUUUGGACUUGACAGCCGUUCAUUCCGUUACUCAACACAUUGAAAUUCUCGACGAAGAAGAGAAAAGAGAACGUCUCGAUGAAUUUUUGCGAAAUAUGGGACCUGACGACAAAGUUAUUGUAUUCUGCGGAAAGAAAUCCGUCACAGAUGAUAUUUCUUCGAAUUUAAUCCUGUGCGGUGUCCAAUGCCAAAGCUUACACGGUGAUAGAGAGCAAGUUGAUCGAGAACAAGCCCUCAAUGAUUUAAAAACCGGUGCUGUGCGUAUCCUAAUCGCGACUGAUGUCGCUGCUCGAGGAUUAGAUAUUGCCGACAUUACUCACGUCUUUAACUACGACUUCCCGAAAAAUAUCGAAGAAUAUGUGCAUAGAAUCGGUCGUACGGGCAGGGCCGGACGAAGUGGAGAGUCGGUUUCGUUGUUUACUCGAAAAGAUUGGGCCAAUGCGGCGGAUUUGAUUAAAAUUUUGGAAGAAGCCAAUCAGGGUGUUCCUGAAGAACUUUUCGGUAUGGCUGAGCGAUUCGCAGCCAGAGUGAAACGAGAUGGACCUGGAGGAUUCCGCGGUCGUGGCGGCGGUAGAGGUCGUGGUGGUGGCCGUGGCCGAGGAGGCGGCGGUGGCGGCGGUGGAUUCAACCGUUAUUAAUUCUAAGAAUAUCGAAUGAGAACUGAUUUUAAGAAUUUUUUCGUUGGGAAGAUUUUUUUUUAUUAAUUUUGUAAUGAGCUAUACUACUCCGGAAAUUUCGAAUAUGUUGAAGAGACAUUGUUUACGUUAAGUAAGUGAGUUGUUAUUAAUUCUUCUCAAAAACGAAAUGAACCUCGAAUUCACCUAUUCGGAAGUUUGUUUAUUGUUUGUUAUUUGUUCUCUCGUUUUGAAAUCAUUUCAUUGUUUUUUUUUUAUAUAUAUAUUAUAUAUUAUGUUUCUUUCAUUUAUUUUUAUUAUAUAAUUUGUUUGAUUUUUAAUAUAUUAGUUGGAACCUUGA